UGCUCAACACUGUCGCACGUCAAACUCUGAUCAACUAAAAAUUUACACAAAUAAAGAAUACAUAUGGUAGCAAUAAAUAAUAAUAAUACAAAACAUGGAUGCCGUUGAUGACAACCACCAGGCGCCGCAUCUAGCCGACUUUGCCGUCGACGUCGCAGCAGACCGCGUUGAGAUCGACUUAGAGGCUGCAGCAAAAUACUCAACUGGUGCUGGUGUUGGUGUGUGGGAACGUCAGCUCUUUCGGUUUCAUCCGUAUCACGGCUCCAAUAUACACUUGGAUGACGAUGCCACAGUCGCAUUUCGCCGCACUAGCUUUGCCGAUGCACUCACAUUCUCCGAGCGACCGCUGGCUGCCGGCGACAUUUUCCUUGUGGAGAUUGAAAAGAUUGAGCGUGGUUGGUCCGGACAUAUGCGACUUGGUCUGACGGAGCUGACACCCAAUAUCAUUGGCAUGCGCAGCGAGGGAUUACCACACUUUGCAUUGCCCGACUUGGCUAAUUUGGGCAACAGCUGGAUAUACCCGAUCUCCAAAUUUGAGAUGAAUCAACGCCAGGAACAAUCCGGAGAAAACGUGGAGCCCCUAAUGAACGAACCGCCACAGCGUAAUCUUUUGGGGGAUGCGACGCAUGUGCGCACUCCUCGUGGCUUACUACCAAAGAGACUGCUGCGUCCAUCGAUGGACAAUGGCAACUCUGAUAUCCUGCUCACCGACAGAGGCUCACGCAUUGGCAUCAUGUAUGUGCCCACGGAGAAUGAUGCUUCCAAGGCCGAAUUGCACUUUAUCAUUAAUGGCGUGGAUAAAGGUCCAGUUUCAAGGGAUAUUCCAUUGAACAGGGCGCCCUUGUAUGUCGUUAUCGAUGUUUAUGGCACAACCAAGCAAAUACGCAUCAUACAGUUGGAAGGCAUUCUAUCCUUACAAAGUGCUUGUCGCAACGUCAUAUUGGAGCACAUCACAGCGGGAGCCAUUGCACGGCUGCCACUACCGGAGAGCAUUAAGCGAUUCUUGCUGCGAAGAGAUUAAGGAACCGAGACAACUAAUACACACACAGACCCACACACACACACACUUUAUGUAAUAGAGUGCUGUGCAUGAGCGUGCGACGUGAUAGCCUGGUUUACCCAUAUAUUUUAUACCCAUAUUGUAGGCAACUCAAGUGCCGUUCAUUGACUUUUCAUUCCUAGAAAACGCCGCUGGCGUUCUCGUUGUCUCGUUACUCGUCCCCCUCCCUGCAUCCAAUGUGCUCUUGAUGUAAUGGCGGCAUUCAAGUGGGACUCACUGUUUCUCCAAUACCCAAAUGGUGUUGAGCCGUUUCAUAAGAAUUUGAAUUUUUGUUUCUGUAGACAUAGUUUAUAAUACUUUGGUUCCGUGAUACCAGUUCUUUAUAUUUAUAUUUUGUAUAUGUAGAAAAUGUUUAAAAACAUCACAUGUAUUUUACUUACUGUUGUCGAGCUCACGAACAAUAUUCUCGCCUAAAUACGUAGUGCUUUGGCUCAAAUGCGUACAUACAUAUAAUUAUGUAGCAAGCGCUUUCUUGGCAUUGCGUUUAGGCGUUCACAAUAAUAUAGCGAUCCCUAUUCAAAUGCAAAAGCUACACGAACCGCUCCGCAGGAAUCUCAAAAUCAAGCACCGCUCUGCCUUUUAGCCGUUUCGGUCUAUCCAAGGCGAUUUCCGUUUCCGUUAUGUACCUUUAAGAAUAUUGUUGUUAAAUGUAAGUUAAGAUAUAAUAUAUUUAUAAUAUUGUA